GCGUUCGGGGGCUCUUCCGUACAUGGUCGUCGGAUAAAACAAGCGAGCAGCGCAAAGUGUGAAAAAGCUCAUGAAAGUGUCAGAAUGAAUGGGACGGCCUACUCCAACUUUGACAACCAGGAGCACGUCUUGAAACUGGGGGAGACGUUUGAGAAACACCCCAAAAGUGCCUACCACACAGUGCGAUAUGAUUUCAAACCAGCCUCUAUUGAUACAGCGUGUGAAGGGGACCUUGAAGUGGGCAAAGGAGAGCAAGUCACAAUUACUUUACCCAAUUUAGAGGGUUCCAGUGCUCCAGUCACGGUCUUCAAGGGCUCCAAGAGGCCGUACAUGAAAGAGUGCAUCCUCAUUGUGAACCAUGACACUGGAGAAUACAGACUGGAAAAACUCAACAGCAACAUAGCUGUGAAGAAGACCAGGGCUGAGGGCAGCAGCAAGAUCCAGUCUCGCCUGGAGCAACAGACCAGUCGUCUGAGCCAGCAGAUGAAGAGCAGCAGCAGCAGCAGCAGCAACAACAACAACAGUAGCAGCAGCAGUAACAAGACCUCAACCAGCUCCAAGAGUUCUCCUCCCAUAGAGAAGACUUCCCCGCCGUCCCCCAUGGACGACAUUGAGAGAGAGCUGAUGGCAGAGGCACAGGUCAUGGACCAGAUGAGCAGCAGCUCCUCAGACUCCAACAGCUCGUCCUCCAGCAGCGACGACAGCUCCAGCAGCAGUGACUCAGAAGACGAACGCACUUCAGCACCACCUGCACCCCAGGCCCCGCCCCCGGCCCCGGUCAACCACAGCAUGCCUGUCAUCAACACCAGCAGUCGCCACCAGGAGAGCGGAGGACUCAUGAACACACUCAAGAACGACCUCCAGCUGAGCGAAUCAGGCAGUGAGAGUGACUGAGCAACGGGAGCAACGUCCCCCUCCCUGUGGACGUUGGGAGGAUCUCAGUGACGAGUAAAGGAACCAGGCAGGGACCUGCCACUUGUCUCGCUUUCUCUGAAUGUGUGCCUGUCUUCCCUACAUAUCUGCUUGCAAAUACUGUACGAUUUGUUGCUUCUCCGCCAACAAUCUUCAAAUUUCAUGUCUCAUUAUUGCUUUGUGAUCUGUAUUUUUUUUUUUCCGUGUGUAUGAAGAUGUGAAAAAGAUGCCUUAGUUCAAAGAGACGUGACGUGGUGGGCGUGAGAGAAGUGGUAAACUAUGCAUGAAUGUUUUAAUCUCAGUGGAAGAUGAUGUGUUUAAACUAUAACUUGAGCAUAUCGGAGACAGAAAAUGUUCAUGUUCGUAGAUGGAUUUUUUUCUGGCCACCAAUCAGUCGCCUUAAAACCACCACUGGAGCUUCUGUAUUUCAGCUCAUCAAUAUUUGGAACUAAAUUUGUGAUGAGGUCAGAUGUUGGUCAACUGCUUCAGUUCUUUCUCUUUUUUUUUAAGUCUCAGCUGGAAAUUAAUUUUUGAUUGGAGACAUGAAACUGUUGACAGAUUUUUUUUCUUUUUUUCUUCUUAGGAUGAGCCAAUAUGUCUUCUGCUGUUUUACAGACUUAUUGUAAAGUUGUAGCUGUAGAGCCUUUUGCUUUGGAUUACUGAAACCCAGCUGGACGACAUCAACAACAACAAAAUAUGUUUUUAUUUAACGUUGCAUUCAUUUAAUCAUGAUGACAACCACUUUGCAGGCCGGCAGAACUAGCUGAAAACAUAUCGAUGAUUUUUUGAAGAAAGCCUUACAAACAGUGUUUUAAUUACACAUCUCAAGACGUCACACUCAUCAAUAUUCAUUCUUAGUUUUUAUUGUUUUCUCGUGACUUCACACGACGUCACAAUUUUCACUCAAAGCUCCUUUUUUUUCUGCUCAAAAAACCAAAACAAUGAGCUGAAAAAGUUUAAGAGAGCUGAAGGGGAGAGUUAACUGUAGCUUUAUAAGUCCAGGAGAAGCAUCUUGCAUCGCACCUAAUCAUUUGAUUCAAUGUUUAUAUAAACUGUAUAAUCGCUGCAGCUUUAAGGAUUAAGGCAUCUCAGACAUUGUUUAUUCAUAUCUCGGUGUACAAGUGGGUCUAAUUCAUUCUUCCGUAGUGCACUAGUGCUCCAGGCGACUUCAGUCAUGAUUUGUAGCUUUAAAACCUGCCAUACUUGAAUCUUUAAUUAUUUAUAUUUCAAAAAAUAUACUCGACCAAUGGUGAACUGCUUAAUAUAUUCUACAUAUGUUUUAAUAGCCGAGCAAUUGGAAGAUCAAGUUAAGUGCGAGCGAAAAGAACCCUUUUGAUGCUUUUUGACACUGCACCUCGUUUUGUGAGUCGUAACAGAACUUCAAGUGCCUCUUGUGGUUUUUUGCCUUUGCAAGUUGAAACGUGUCGCGUCGGCUUUUUUAUCACAAACCCCAUUUCAACUCUGAGCCGCCUCAGCAUACACAGGAAUCUGUUGAGGCAUUUCUCUGGCACGAGGCUGAAUGUGAGGAGUGUCAAUGAAGCAACGUGUUUAUCUGAAAGCAGAGGGGGCGUGGCCUCCGAGCAUCAUUUGUAAACAAUCUGAGACUAGUUUCUUUUUGUAGAAAGAAUAAAGAUUUUAAUUGUU